UUCCUACCGAGCGCAGAAACUGUACCAGAUUCCAGACCUCAAAACCUCCAUUAAAAUUCGUCAAAUUCACUGUUCCAUUUCUCCAAUUAUUCAAUUCCAUCUCUGCUUUUGCUUUCACACUCCACCCAAUUAAUCGACGACAACCCUAAUUGAAUAUUAUUUUCCCCAUACCUUCCUCUGCUGCAUUUAAAAAAUUACUGCAAUGUGUGGAAAAGGAAGCAUCGAAAAGGCGUUAUUCGAUUGAUUGAUGUCUGAGGUUUAUUCUCUAAGCUUUAUGUUUCUUCGUCAGUCAAAGGGUUCGUAAAAAGUGGAUUUCAAUUUGGGGGAAAAUGUGCCCUAAAUUUUCCCUUUGUUAGUUGUAAGUAUGCGGCGGAAUUCAGGAUCCGUUGGGUACUCCGGCGCCCAUACAAGCCCAGGCACGCCGGAAUACGGCGACGGCGGCGAGUUUCCGAAGCCGUGGUCGUCGGAAAGAGUGCCAUUGCCGGCGAGUAGUAGCAGCAGCAGAAGGCACAUUAGUGCAGCUGCAUUGAUGCCCUUCAACAGCGGUAGAACUCUGCCGUCGAAAUGGGACGACGCCGAGAGAUGGAUCACUAGCCCGAUUUCCGGCCAUGGAUUGGUCAGAACUCCGGUGGCUCAGCCGCAGAGACGGCCAAAGUCGAAGAGCGGUCCGUUGGGCCUUCCGGGGAUUGUCUACGAAUCGAGAUAUUCUCCGACGAUGCCUGGAUUCGAUGCCGGCGGGAAUCCGAGGAAGUUCAUGGAGCAUUCGCCACUUACUACCGGCGUAUUCGUCCCUGAUGGCGUAUCCAUUCGCUACGGUUCUUCGAUUGUCGCCGCAACGAAAUGCGUCGGAGAUGAUAAGGUUAACGACGCCGCCGCCGAGGAGGAAGAAUCGCCGGCGGCAGCGGGAGACGUUCGCCGGAGGGACUCGGCGACGCAAAUGAGCCCCGAAGGCAGCGGUUGCUCGUCUUCUGAUGCGAGGUUUUCGUUCUCCGCAAUGCCGUCGACGACCCCCGCGGCAUUCGCUCCGCCUGCCGUUAAAGACGAGGUUCGAGAUGUCCAGGUCGAUCGAGGAACGACGACGUCGAGCCACGGGAAGCAAUCGAGGCCGAGAAAGGCGAAAAAGACGCCGAAUAAUGCGGAGAGCUUCCGGUCGUCGCCGUGGAACGCUUCCGAGGCUUCGAAGGACGCGGCGAAGAUGCGGCGGGAGGAAGCGAAGAUUGCGGCUUGGGAGAAUUUGCAGAAGGCGAAAGCGGAGGCGGCGAUUCGGGAACUCGAGAUGAGAUUGGAGAAGAAGAGGUCGGCAUCGAUGGACAAGAUAAUGAGGAAGCUGAGGGCAUCGCAGAUGAAGGCUGAGUCGAUGAGAAAUUCGCUGUCGGAAAAUCGGGAGGAUUCAGACAAGGCUUCUGGUUCUGGUUCUGGUUCUGGUUCUUCAUCGUCUUCUUCGCGGCGUAUGUUCGUGAAUGUUUUGUCUGUGCGAAACUGGUUUGUGUGCCGCAGGAAUUAGUAAUGUUUGAUUCAAUGAUUCGAUGCAUCGAUCCCUGUUUAUGUUCUGAUGCUCAGAUGAGAUGAGAUGUUCUUCAUGAACUCAUCCAAUUGAACUACAUUAAUAUAUAUAUAUAAAACAACAUAAUGAUGUAUUAAAUAGUACUGCUUUCUUUCGGGUUUCAUUUAUUUUUGCGUGUUG